GUCUUCGGAGUUGCUGGGGCUUGAAGUUCCCGCCAGGUGAGGGCUGGGCCAGAGCUAUGCUGCCCGGCCCGCCUUGUCUUUGAGGCGAGAAGAGCGUCCCAGACCCCUUUCAGCUUGCUGACGGCGUCGACCCCUGAGCAGCUAUGUCCACGGGCUUCUCCUUCGGGUCCGGAACGCUGGGCUCCACCACCGUGGCCGCCAGCGGCAGCGGCACAGGCGGCGGUUUCUCCUUCGGAACAGGGGCGUCUAGCAACCCUUCUGUGGGGCUCAAUUUUGGAACUCUUGGAAGCACCACAACUCCAGCAACUACAUCUGCUCCUUCAGGUGGUUUUGGAAGCGGGCUCUUUGGAUCUAAAUCUGCCACUGGGUUCACUCUAGGAGGAACAAAUACAGGAAUAGCAACAACUAUAACUACAGGAUUAACUCUGGGAGCGCCAGCCACCACGUCAGCUACAACAGGCUUCAGUUUAGGAUUCAGUAAACCUGCAGCAUCUGCCACACCAUUUGCUCUACCUAUUACUUCUACCUCAGCUAGUGGUCUCACUCUUUCAUCUGCUCUGACAUCAGCUCCAGCAGCAUCCACAGGAUUUACUCUCAAUAAUUUGGGUGGAACAACUGCUACAACUACAACUGCAUCAACGGGCCUUUCUUUAGGGGGAGCCUUAGCUGGUUUGGGAGGUUCACUUUUCCAGAGCACAAACACAGCAACGUCAGGACUUGGACAGAAUGCUUUAGGCUUAACUUUGGGAACUACAGCAGCUACUUCAGGGGCAGGCAAUGAAGGCCUUGGUGGUAUAGAUUUUAGUAGCUCAUCAGAUAAAAAGAGUGAUAAAACAGGAACAAGACCAGAGGAUAGUAAAGCACUGAAGGAUGAAAAUCUACCUCCUGUCAUCUGCCAGGAUGUUGAAAAUCUCCAGAAAUUUGUGAAGGAACAAAAACAGGUCCAAGAAGAAAUUAGUAGAAUGUCUUCAAAAGCAAUGCUUAAAGUACAAGAAGAUAUUAAAGCUCUGAAGCAGCUUCUCUCAUUGGCUGCCAGUGGAUUACAGAGAAACACUCUCAGUAUUGACAAAUUGAAAAUAGAAACUGCUCAGGAGUUAAAGAAUGCUGAAAUAGCUUUGAGAACCCAGAAAACCCCACCUGGACUUCAACAUGAAAAUACAGCUCCUGCUGACUAUUUCAGAAUCUUGGUUCAGCAAUUUGAGGUACAGCUUCAGCAGUACAGACAGCAGAUUGAAGAACUAGAAAAUCAUCUUGCCACUCAAGCAAAUAAUUCACAUAUAACCCCUCAAGAUCUGUCAAUGGCUAUGCAGAAAAUUUAUCAAACAUUUGUAGCUUUAGCUGCACAACUUCAGUCUAUUCAUGAAAAUGUAAAGGUGCUCAAAGAACAGUACCUUGGGUACAGGAAAAUGUUCUUGGGAGAUGCUGUGGAUGUGUUUGAAGCCAGGCGAGCAGAAGCCAAGAAGUGGCAGAAUGCACCCAGAGUUACUACUGGGCCCACUCCAUUCAGCACGAUGCCAAAUGCAGCAGCCGUUGCCAUGGCUGCCACACUUACACAGCAGCAACAGCCUGCUACAGGGCCACAGCCAUCUCUGGGAGUUAGUUUUGGAACGCCAUUCGGCUCAGGUAUUGGCACUGGCUUGCAAUCAAGUGGCUUAGGUUCUUCAAAUCUUGGAGGAUUUGGAACUAGCUCUGGUUUUGGAUGCAGCACCACAGGGGCCUCCACAUUUGGAUUUGGAACAACAAAUAAACCCUCAGGAAGUCUUAGUGCAGGCUUUGGCAGCUCAAGUACAUCUGGGUUUAACUUCAGCAAUCCUGGCAUCACAGCAUCAGCUGGUUUGACAUUUGGGGUGUCCAAUCCUGCCUCUGCAGGUUUUGGAACAGGAGGACAACUCCUUCAGUUGAAGAAACCUCCAGCUGGAAACAAAAGAGGAAAAAGAUAAACCUAUGAGUUGAUCUGUUGAGAGAAUCCAUAGCAGCACCGUUCUAUGAGUCUAUUUUUCUAAUGAUGCAGUAAUUAAAUUGCUUCCCAGGAGAUUUAUAAAGUUUUGAUAUUUUUCCCUACUCUGGAGUUUGAACUUUGUUCAUGUUUGCCAUACUGAAUAUCUUUUUUCUUGUGAAUUUAAAACCCAGUUGUGUUUUUUGUUAUUUUGAUUCUCAGCGUAAGGAAUGUUCUGAUUAUAUCACUGAUCAAUAAUGGUAAAAAAUCAUUAAUCUGAAACCUCCUAUUUAACCUAGUGUUAAUAGCAUUGUUUUUGUUGGUAAGGUUUACAUUGUGUGAAUAUAUGCAUAUUUGUUUCUUAUACAGAUUGUAUGAACUCUAGGGCCUAUAAUAGAAUUGGUUUGUUCCUUGAUAAAUCAAGGCCUUUAAAAUUACACUGCAGGGCAUCUUGUAAUAUGUAUGUAAAUAUACAGAAUAAAACACACAAUUGUGUGUGCAUAUAGAAAAUAUAUUUACAGACCUACAACUUUUUGCCUCAUACUGUUCUCGUUUUCUAAGGGUAUUCAGUUUUUCACCUUUUAAGCUCUGCAUCCUCAGUGCUUGUAGACUGAUGAACUAGAAGUUCCAGGUUUAAGCACUUGUUUGCUUAAAGACUUACUAAAUGGUUACUGGCAUCAGUAUUUGACUGACUGAACUUCAUUGCCCCCAGUCUUUUCCAUUUUUGCUUCCAUCUUAACCUUUAGCAGCUAUUCCAAAUGAGGAAUUCUGUAAAACUCAUCAAACAGAUUUUAACAACUUUUAUCCUGUAUAUCCUCAUAUUGCUUCUAUGAGAUGUUUUUUCAUAUCUGAGAUGGACCUUCAGGAUCGUAUUUGAACUCCAGACUGGUGUUCUGGGGACAAAGAGCUGUUAAGCCGAAUUGAUUCUAUGCAGGUGAAGGAUGCACUAUUACUUUAUUGAGAACUUUUCUAGCUAUUCCAAUAUAGAGUUCUUUCUUAUAGGGCUAUUGAUAUUGACACCAAAUGGAGUGGCUUCUCAGCCUCUUAAUGUCUUAAGUAAGUACUUAAUUUGGAAUAGACAGACAAUAUAUUUUAAGAAAGAAAAAUGUUCUUUGUAGCAACUGUAAACUCCCCUGUUUUAACAGUGAACAGAGCUCCAGGUAAUAAUGUAUAGGCAUGUCAGGUCACAUCUGUGUAAUAUUUGCCCUUAUUAGUAUUAGUGACAUCAAGUGGGUAAAAAAGAGAACCCUUGAAAAGAGAACUGCCUUAGCCAUGAUUUCAGAGAGAAACCAUUAGGUAGACCUAUUUAUCUUUCAAGUACAGUUUUCAGAUGGAAUGUGAACAUGGAAUUUCAUUGAAAAUAGUUUAAUUUUUUAUAUAGAAGGUUUUGUACAUGAUGUGCAUCAGUGAGUAUUUUCAGGAUCAUUUUCACCAAGGCACCUUUUUUUCUAAAAUAGAUAUUGCAUACAUAUAUAUAUAUAUGUAUUAUACACACACACACAUAUAUAUGCAUACAUAUAUACGCACAUAUAUAUUUUUAGUAUAAUGUUAGUUGGGUUUGAUUAUAAGAAGUAUUGUCAUACAUGUUUUAUUUAUCUGCAUAUGACAGUGACUGGCUUUUUUGAGUUGAAAUUUUUGCGCCUUGAUGCAUUAAAAUAAGGAAAUUUGUUUUUGAGCACUAAACUUGUUUUUAUUUUCUCUAAUAUGACAAUCCCCGGAUCCAGAUCAUGGGGGAGGUUAGGGAAAAGAUGUGACUUUGUAUUUUGAGUUACUGUCAGAAUUACAUACCCAAUUACAACAAACUUUUUUUUUUAAAAAAAGGACAUGCAUUGUGCUGCAAAAUCUGAAUAUUUAUAUUUCUUGGGUUUUUUUCUUUAUAUAUUUUACAUUUUAAUAUGUUGAACCACUGGAAAUUUGUAAUAUUAAUUUGUGAUAGGAGUUUAAAUGUGUUGUCAUUGUCUUCAUUGUCUUCACUUUGUUCAGAGCCUAUUAUGGAAACAAUA